GUACUAACUGAAGAAGAAAAGCUGGUCUUAAAAGAAUGCGAGAGGGAUAGCUUUUACAAAAGAGCUUUACCAUUAUCUCUUGGCAACAUGUUGGCAGCGCAUAUGUUAGUCAAAGGCGGUUACUGGAGUCCCAAUCCAAAGUAUGGAUCAUUGCCUAAAGUCUUUGUUCUCGGUGGUAUUGGUUACUUUUUGGGCAAGCUUUCAUAUUUAUCAGUUUGCCAGCAGAAAAUUCUUGAUAAAAUACCUAAUUCAAACCUGGCAGCUCAGAUUAGGAAAGCAAAGGGGCUACCUGAAACAGAGGCAGGUCCAGCAGCAUGGGAUGGUGCUUCUGCAGGUGUUUCUUCUCCCAGGAUAAAAGAUGAUUACUCCACUCCUGAGGGCUUGGACGACAGGUUCAGACCCACAAUAGACAGCAGUGUUAAGGAGUCAGAAACACCAUCUCAGGACAAGAUCCAGCUUACCUAUGAAGAACUUCGGCGUCGCAACAGACAAGAAUAUAAAGAUCAGAUUUCAAAAGCACCUCCACCGGCUUCUGGUUUUCCUCCAUUCAAGGAUACACCUCCAAAACCAUUUCCUGAUGCAAGGUCAGGAGAUUCUGGAAGCAGCUUAGGGUCCUCUACACCACCAUACCAAGCAUCUCCUUCAAAGAGACGAACUAAUAUAUGGGGUGAUCCUAUUGAUGAAUGA